CUACAACAACCAGUGCUUUGGCUACAACUACCAUUGAUGGUUCUUGUGGGGUAUUUACAACUCAAACUGGCACACUGACUUCUCCAAACUAUCCAUCCAAUUACCCAUUCAAUAUGAUAUGUAUCUGGACCAUUCAUGUCACUGGGGGAUCUGUUCGAAUACAGUUCAUUGACUUUGAUGUACAAUUUAAAACUGGCUGUAUGUUUGAUAACGUCAGGGUGUAUGAUGGUGACGUUCAAAUCGCAAGGCUAUGUGGCACAAUGACUGACAUCAAUCCAGGCCCUUAUAUUUCAACAGGCAGUGUUGCUCGUGUGAGACUUUUCAGCGAUAACAAUAAAAGCCACAAAGGCUAUUCAUUGACCUGGGCCACCAUUUAAAGAAACCUAACCUUGGUGAAAGAAUGCAUUCAUGGCUAUUAGAAGCAGACUGUAAC